UUUGAACGCAACGUCUCUCUCAUCUUCGCUUCUCUCCUCUCCUGUCGAGCUUCCCUCUGUCUCUCUCUCACGCAAAACUGCUUUGCCAAUCGCCACAUCCCAGUCCCCCUCACAUGACCGUUGUGGCCCAUAGCCGUUUGGGAGCUCGGUCGGUCCCACCGGGGCAAAAUUUCCUUUACUAGCCGUUGGAUUUGAAUAAAGACCCACAUCCCACCCACGCUCAUAAGCGUAACAAUAAUAAUAAUAACAUAGCAACAAUAAUAAUAUCAUCAUAUCAUUAAUAAUCUCACAGUCAAGAACCCAACCUUCUCUCACUUGUUCUCUUCUUAUUCUUGGUUCUGUAGAUGAUUGAAGAGCUGAAGAAGGAGUGGAAUAUUCUUGAUUUCUGGUUUUGGAUUGUUCUUAGGGCAUUUGGGUUCUUAGUCUAUAAUCGAGAUGGAUCAAGAAAACAUGGUCAUAUCUGUGGAGAACAACAACCGUACCUGGAUUAAACCCAGAAUUGUUCAAGAGAUGGAUGGAAGAAAGUCUGGAGUGCAAGGGCGGCAGAACAGGAGAGUUUUGGGUGCGAUUAAUCAGAACAUAGUAGCUAAUCCAUACCCAUGUGUUGUUACUAAUAGAGGAGGAACAUCAGAAAAAAACGGGAACAGUGACAAGAAUCAUUCUGUACAAGCUAAUAGACCAAUCACAAGAAAAUUUGCUGCCCAAAUUGCAAACUCUCAGCAACAUUGUCAUGAGGAAAGCAAGAAACAAAGAAUUGAGGUUGAAGAAUCCAGGGUGCGGGAGGAAGAUGAACAAGAAAAAGAUUGUGAUAACGACCAGCCAGUCCCUAUGACUUUGGAGCAAGCAGAAAUAGAUUCAAACGAAAAGCAUCAUAUGGAAGAGGUAGAAAUGGAGGAUAUAUAUGAAGAGAAUGUAUCCUUGGACAUUGACAGCGGAGAUGCAAAAAACCCUCUUGCAGUUGUUGAGUACAUUGAAGAUCUUUAUGCCUAUUACAGAAAAGUUGAGAACUGUAGUUGCGUUUCCCCUGAUUACAUGUCAAGACAGCUUGACAUCAAUGAAAGGAUGAGGGCUAUACUAAUUGACUGGCUCGUUGAGGUCCACCACAAGUUUGAGCUAAGGGAAGAGACACUGUUUUUGACCAUAAACAUCAUAGACAGAUUCUUAGAGAAACAAAAUGUGGUGAGAAAGAAGCUUCAACUGGUUGGGUUGGUUGCUAUGCUAUUGGCUUGCAAGUAUGAAGAGGUUUCUGUUCCCGUUGUGGAUGAUUUUGUGUUCAUUUCUGCCAAAGCUUACACAAAGAAAGAAGUUCUUGACAUGGAGAGCUGGAUGCUCAACACACUGCAAUUCAAUAUGUCAGUCCCAACUCCUUAUGUCUUUCUCAGAAGAUUCCUCAAGGCCACACAAUCUGAUAAGAAGAAGCUGGAGCUAUUGUCUUUGUUCUUAAUUGAGCUCUGCCUUGUGGAGUAUGAAAUGACCAAAUACCCCCCAUCGUCUUUGGCCGCCGCUGCAGUCUACACUGCACAAUGCACACUCCAUGCCCAUAAUAAGGAGUGGAACCAGACCUGUGAAUGGCAUACUGGCUACUCUGAACAUCAACUUCUAGAAAGCUCAAGAAUGAUGGUGAGCUUCCAUCAAAGGGCAGCAACAGGGAAACUAACAGGAGUGUAUAGGAAGUACAACACCUCAAGGUUUGGCCAUGUAGCAAAGUGUCAGCCUGCCACUUUUCUUCUUCUUCACAACUGUCAAGAACAGCAACAACAAUCUCACCAGCAACAAUAAGGCCUUCAUCAUUCUUGAGCUUUCUUUCUACUUAUUACGCUUGAAGAAUAUGGUAUUAACUGGAUUUGUCAUAAUUAUUUUAAUGCUUUGUUUUGAGAUAAUUUGUUAACUUCCCCUCCAACAUGAUUGUUGAGUUUUUGAUGAUUAAUCUGCGUUGUAUUUCUUAUUUCUACUCGAAAUAAUCAGAUAACAGGCGAAAUGAAUGCAUUACUCUUUAUUUAUUUU